GCCACCAUGAAUCUUACUACACUCCUAGGCAAGUCCGCGUUGAGGCACAUCAAAUAAGCCUCUGGAACUCUUGAACUAGUGGAUAGCUUUCGUAAGGACAGUCUCUUGCCAAGAACAGCGCGACGAUACGCCAUAUGCACGAGGAUCUCUACACGAACAACGUCAACGGUCCGGUGUCCGGUCCGUCCUCCGUCCCCCACCUCCUAUAAAAGCCGGGUGCAAGGGGGAAGCAUAGCGCAAUCCUCUCCAGAAGCUUGUGCGAUACCACCAUGGCUCUUUCUCCGACCAUCAAGCUCAACAACGGCGUCGAGAUUCCUGCCAUCGGUCUCGGCACCUGGCAGUCCAAGCCCGAGGAAGUAAUAAAUGCGGUAGAAUACGCUAUCAAGGAGGCCGGAUAUCGCCAUAUCGACUGUGCAUGGGCCUACGGCAACGAGAAGGAAGUCGGAGAGGGUAUCCGCAGGUCCGGUGUUCCUCGCUCUGAAAUUUUCGUUACGAGCAAGCUCUGGGCGACCCGCCUGAACGACGUCGAAGGCGCUCUCGACGAGUCCCUUGCGAACCUCGGACUCGACUACCUCGACCUCUAUCUUAUCCACUGGCCGAUCCACCUGAACCCCAAAGGCAACCACCCCAACUUCCCCACCCUCCCGAACGGCCACCGCGACGUCGUCCGCGACUGGCCCCUCCGCGACACCUGGGCGCAGCUCGAGGCCGUCCUCGCGAAGGGCAAAGUGCGCGCCAUCGGCGUCUCCAACGCCUCCGAGCGCAUCCUCGAGGAAGAAAUCCUGCCCUACGCCAAGGUCGUCCCCGCCGUCGACCAGAUCGAGCUCCACCUGUACAACCCCCAGCACAAGUUCAUCCGCUACCUCAAGUCCAAGGGGAUCGUCCCGCAGGCGUACUCCCCGCUGGGCUCGACGGGCGCGUCGUUGCUGCAGGACGAGGUCGCGGUCGCGAUCGCGGAGAAGCACGGGGUCGCGCCCGCGGCGGUGCUGCUGGGAUGGCAGGUCGCGAAGGGGAUCGUGACUCUGCCGAAGUCGGUCACACCGGAACGGAUCAAGGCGAACAUCGAGGGCGCUCUUGCAGCGGCGAAGAAGCUGACUGCGGAGGACAUAGAGAAGCUUGACGGGGUCGCGGCGACGGGUAAGGAGGUUAGGCUGAUCCAGCCGCCAUGGGGUGUGGACUUGGGCUUCGAUAAUUGGCCGGUCAAGUACCAAACGUUGUAAGCUAGACGAUAAGAAGUGUCAAAUCUGUAGCAAUUAUUAUAAAGGGGGCUGAGUAGGCCUCACGUUG